AUGCCGGGACACGGAAAGGGACAUCAGGUGUCAGGCGUCUGCCUUCUGUUGAUUGCAUUUCAAUUUUUUUUGACACUCGCCGUCAGUGGGAGUGAUCAUGUUGUUGUUCCCAUGUGCGGUGAAGUGCGGGGGUUUGCUGGUGAGAGCAAUCAUCUCCUGCGGAUUGGAGUUCCGAAACCACCCGGGGACGGCGAGGCAAUUGUUCUUAUCGUGCGGCCCUUUCCAAUGAACACAGAGGGGGUUUCGGAGCGCUUGGCCCAAAUAAAUGCUACAUAUCGCCUACGUGAAGGUGCAACUGCAACUUCGGUAUCAGAUGACGCGGGUAUACUUUUAUUGCGGAACGUUGAGGCCGGUACCAAUAUUGAUGUUGAAAUACGGCGUGUGAGACCGGAUGGCCCCGUCCCGUUCCGCUUCUGGAGCUACCACGCAAACAAUCCAUCUUGCUUCAUCAGCGUAUCCCCUCAUACAUCAUUUAUUUCCCCCAUUCCUACGAGUCUGGGGCAGCCGGUCCUACCCGCCAAAAUAUACUUUCAAGCGGUUCCCAUGGAAAAAACAAAGGCGGUGAUGUUGCGGUUGGCUGAUGGGCCACUGGAUGGUGGGAAGCCGCAGCAUUUUCACUUAUUGAAAAUGCCUGAGGCUCAAGAUGUUGGAACACAUGAGAGCAGUAAAGUUAUGCCGUGGAACAGCAGCGUUUUGUAUUUCUCGUUUGUUCCUGCAAUAUCUGCGAAUAAAGUGAUGUCGCUUUCUGUGGGCGUUGUCUGGACAGCGGAUGACGAUGGUGGCAGCGGCUCUGGGCAAGCGUCAGAUCCCAAUGCCACUGACGGGUCCGGUAAUUCAAAGGAUAAAAAAGGUCACUCCGCUUCCUUUUACUUCUUCCUUAUUACUUCCCUUUUUGCCGUAUACAUGGUCAUAAUGUCAGUUGUCAAUUAUCGUUUGAAGGGAAUCACACAGUUCCCUGAGAUGGUUCCUCACAUCGACACAUUUCGUACAGGGGGCCAAUUUAUUUCCCAAGUAGCGGAGAACUUCCGGCAGGGGAAUAUGCGGGGGGAUUACAAUGAUGUUGGGGGUAAGAAUGCGCCAGCUGGAAACGUUUAA